AUGAUCAAUACCACCAAUACCUCUGUAAAUAUGAUCGUAUCUUCGACAACCUCUUCACUGUUUUCCAUGUGCGAACAUUAUUUGGAAUUAGCCUUGUCCACUGCUCUGGAAUGUACAUGUAUGGAAAAUCUUUGUAAACCCAAUUCCCAACUCGUGUUGGACUCGAUUGAUUCCAUUCAAGAUCCUUUUGAUUCUGAACUGUGUGAAUUUGGUUUUGCUGAGCCACAUUUUGAACAUGAUUUGAAAGAAGAAUUGUUGAGAAUGGAAAAAGUUUCAGAAAAUAGAUGUAUCAAUAAGAGCUAUGUGGAGUCUCAACAUGGUUGCUGCAGACGACCUCCAUACUUGAUACGAAACCAGAAAUGUUCUCCCCAAACGACCCCUUUCAUUGUUGUGUCAAAAAUUGAAAAACUUCAAAACUCCACAAGUCGUUAUGCCAAUCGUUUGCAUGCACCACAGGAGAGUUUUUUAUGUCCCGUAGAUGCUUUGCGAUAG